AUGUGGAAACGUUCGCCCAAGGAGUCUGAGAAAGACUCAACUCAACACCUCUCUGACCUGGGCAUUCUGGGAAGACCGAAGAAGUCUAAGAAAUUCCAAUCACAGCCAGAUUCUACUCGCUCGCCCCUCCGCUCCUUUCGUACUUUCACCCGAGGCGUGCUAGACAGACCCGGGAGCAGUCUUUCCAAUCAGACGGAUAUCACCCGGCCAAGAGCUCCUUCGACCGUCACCGACUCGGGCUAUCAGCCUGGUCCUCUACACUCAAGUCGCUCACGGGCAUCUUUCCACUCAAGAUCGGGACAAACCACCGGCCCCAUGGAGGUUGAUCGCACACGGACACGGAGGGAGAGGACCUUCGUCGGUAGCGAAUGCGCCGUUUGCGAGGAGCCCUUGGAGCACACUUUGCGCGGUGAGCGCGUACUGCAGCUCUCGUGCGCCCACGUCUCCCACGAAGCCUGUUUUUACGAAUACCUGCGCGAGUUGGAUGGUCAAGAUUGUCCAACAUGCAAUGCGCCUCUAGCCCUGGAUACAAGUCGCGGAGGAAAUGUGCUGGAUAUUGACAAGAUUAGCAAGAUCGUGCGCUCCGUCACAACAAAUGAUACCGCAACAGUACGCAGUGGAUUGACUACUCCGACUCCGUGGGAACAACCGUCUACCCGACGAACUCCCAGCGACGCGGGAAGUCGAUACACCUCGGCUACACGGGAACAAUAUCAAUCCUCCGCCAGGGACCCGUCAUUCAGCGCCGCUUCGGCCAGAGAAUACUUACCAAGAGAACAAUACAAUCCGGCUGCGAGAGAUCCAUCUUACCAUCGACGCGACAGCCGCGACACAAGUAGCCAAAGUCAGCGUGAUCGUGUCGAGCGAUUGACCGUGGGCUCUCACAACCGCCAACCACAUUCCCGCAAUGGCAGCGCAGCGGGAUCAUCCGGAGAAUACAAUGAAGGCCAACACACGAGUAGUGGACGACGCCACGACUAUGAUGUCCAAGCUAUGGAAUCAGACCUCAGCCCUCGCCCGGGAGUCGCGAAGAACCCCAUUCCCGCUCCGAUAGUCACCGUGCGAAGCGAGUUCCCAACUAUGAAUCGAUCCCGCCAGCAGCAGACUCUCACGUGUUUGAUUACCGUCGAAGUUCCCGAAGCCAACUGGCGCCCAGAUGUGGAUGACCUCCGACACACGCCCAGCGGCCAAUCACAGCCGGACGAACCUUACGCAGGACGGUUUGCGGGUGGACAAGAUGCAGCUUCAAUUCAGAACGAACAGACGGAGAAUAUGGAUGAAAUUGCUGAGGAAUUGCGCACCCGAGUGGAUAACUGGCACGGUCUGGAGUUCAAACGCUUCGGCAAGCUGCGUCUUCAUGGGCAGAUGCGCGUGGGCAAGGAUCGGGACUCGUGGCAGGAACUGGAGUGCUAUCUCUUUGGGGAAAUGCUUAUUUGUGUGAAGGAGAAAAAGUCAUCAUCCGAUUUGAACCGGUAUGAUGAGAGCGGGAGGCGCAAGCCUGCCCGCUGUACACUCAAGGGUUCAAUCUUGAUCAAGAAGCACCUCAAGUCCAUUGAUGCCUCAGCCGAUGAACCAAUUCUUGCCCUCAACCUCUCCGUUACCGAGCUGCCUUGCUUCUUCCUUCGUUUCCAGAGCCGUGGUCAGCUUGAAACAUGGCGCCGGUCUCUCAUGGAUCUGCACCCGGUUGAAAACAUCUCACGCCAGAAUGACUACGAGUAUGAUCAUUCCGGAGAGGAGGAUGAUUUCCGCGGCAGUCGGAUCCAACGACAGGCGUCUAUCAACUCCUCAUACGGUGCUGGCAAGUCGAUCAACACCGCGAUCACCGACUACACCAACCCGGACACAGAAUCUCCCUCCAUUAACACCAUUCACAUUCCCCUCGAUCUCGUCGUCGUCAUCCCUGUAUCCUCAUCAAUGCAAGGUCUGAAGAUUACUCUCCUGCGUGAUGCGCUCAGAUUCCUCGUUCAAAACCUGGGCCCGCGGGACCGCAUGGGCCUGGUCACUUUCGGCUCUAGCGGCGGCGGUGUGCCCCUGGUGGGUAUGACUACCAAGUCUUGGAACGGGUGGCCCAAGAUUCUCGAAUCCAUCCGACCUGUGGGGCAGAAGAGUCUCCGUGCGGAUGUUGUCGAAGGCGCCAACGUGGCCAUGGAUCUCUUGAUGCAACGCAAGUUCAACAACCCUGUUUCGACCAUUCUCCUCAUCAGCGACUCCUCAAUUUCCGACCCCGAAAGUGUCGACUUUGUCGUUUCUCGCGCCGAGGCUGCCAAGGUCAGCAUCCACUCAUUUGGUCUCGGACUGACACAUAAGCCCGACACCAUGAUCGAGCUGUCCACCCGCACUAAGGGCUCUUACUCAUACGUCAAGGAUUGGAUGAUGCUCCGCGAGUGCGUCGCUGGAUGCCUGGGCGCAUUGCAGACAACUUCCCACCAGAACGUCAAGUUGAAGCUUCGCCUCCCAGAAGGAUCCCCGGCCAAGUUUGUCAAAAUCAGUGGCGCUCUCCACACCACCAAGAGAGCCACCGGUAAAGACGCCGAGGCAGCCCUUGGCGACCUCCGCUUCGGAGACAAGCGUGACGUUUUAGUCCAGCUCGUCAUCCAGCCCGACAAUGCUACACAAGACAACAUGCCCCAAGAUCAUUGGGAGAGCAUAGUCUCUGGCUUAGAAGCACUAGGCGGCGGCUCUGACGGCGACGACUCCCGCAUUGUCAGCGUCGAAGAAGUGCCCUUGAUCCAAGCCGACCUCACCUAUGGUGAUCUCCUUCGCGACGGCCACCUCACCCACUCACCUCGUCCCUCGCUCCUGGCCAUCACCAUGCUCCCUCCCAACCCUCGUGCCAAGGGCCAACGCCCCUCAACCCCGCCAAUCCCCCCCACACCCAUCCAUCGCCAGAACGAGCGUGGCCUGCACCUCCUCCAAGAAACCCGCAGUAUCCUCAAGGGUCUCGGCAAGGGCGGACUUCCACCCCUCCCCCCAGCCGCUCGAUCCGGCAGCGACGCCGACGGCCGCGGCGACACACCCGUUUCCUCCUCUUCCCCCAAGUCCUCCACCUACGGCGACGCUCACUCCUCCACCUCAGAGGCUAAUACCAUCACCCCCACCUCCUCCGUCGACGCCCAAACCAUGAACGCCCUCAACGCAGACCUGGAGUCCUCCCUUGAGUGGAUCAGCCACCCAGCCGUCUUCAGCCGCGAUUCCCGCAAAGCCGUCCUGCAAAGCAUCGGCGUCAUCUCCUCUCAGCGCGCAUACACCUUCCGCACUGCCUCCGAAGCCCACUGGGCCCAGCGUGUCUCGGGUGUUCGUCGCUUGACGGAGAAAUCUCGCGACUGGCGUGAAACUGGUGAUGAUGCUUUGACUGAGGAGUAA